AUGAAAGCUGAUAACAUGUCAAUUUUAUCCAAUAUCCUCACCUUCUUCAUCAUCUUCUUGCUUAACUCCUCCUCCUCCUCCUCCAACGCAGCAGUCCAAGACUUUUGCGUCGGAGACCUUACAGGACCUGAGAACCCUGCUGGCUAUCCCUGCAAGAACAUCUCCAAAGUCACUGCAAAUGACUUUUAUUUCCCUGAUUUCCUUACACCCCACAUAACUUAUCUUCCCAAGUUUAAUGCUUCAGCAACUCUUGGGUUCACUCCCUACUUCCCUGGUGUCAAUGGUCUAGGCCUCUCGUUGGUGUACUUUGCUAUAGAGGUUGGUUCAUUUGUUCCCAGUCACACUCACCCCAGAGCCAAUGAGGUCAUUGUCAUGAUUGAAGGGUCCAUCAUAGCUGGUUUCAUCUCAUCAAAUAACAAAGCUUACUAUAAAACUUUACAGAAAGGCGACGUCUUUAUCUUCCCUCAAGGUCUGUUGCACUUUGAAGUGAAUGUUGGGAAUAUUACGGCGAAGAUCCUCGCUGCCUUCGAAGGCUCAAGCCCUGGCAUCCAGGGAACCAUAAUGUCUUUGACUGGUAAUGACCUGCCUUCUGAUGUUGUCGAGAAGGUGAGCUUAAUCUUUGACAAAGAUAUGGUGAAGAAAUUCAAGGCCAUGUUUGGUGGUACCAAUUAA